UCUAUAAACUGAUAAAAAGAUGCAAAUGUCAUAAUUGCAAAGUUCGUAAGUAAACUACUAGUAGUGUUAUAGAUUUUUUACAGAGUAGAGAAAGUUUUUCGUUAUUGUUGCUUCAGCUGUUAUUUAAGAUAUUUUUCUUCUCUUUGUUUCAGACUAAAGAGUAACAUACAUGUUUUUUUGUCCAUGGACAGCAGGAAAUUAGUCCGCCUAGUAAUUGUUUAUGCUAUUUUCAAAGUUUGCUUGAAAAUUUUGCUGAACAAGACAACAGAGUAACAUAUAUGUUUGUUGCACAAGCCCUUCUUAAUGAAGACAGCAGGAAAUUAGUCCGCCUAGUAAUUGUUUAUGCUCUUUUCAAAGUUUGCUGGAGAAUUUCACUUAUAAGCAAGUUUAUGCAGACUACCCAUCCAGUUACAUAUUGAACGUCUAAGAAUAAACAAGGGAGGUGAGAGAACCAGAAAAUUAGAUUGCCUAGUAACUAAAUUUUAUGAUGUCUGGAAGAGCUAGAGGACGUGCACGUGGAAGUGCUCGAAAAACUAAUCUGGAGGUGUCUGGGCCAUUGAGAAGACCAGGGGAUGCUGGGCAACAAGCGCAGGGGCCUCAGUUGCAGACCUCCCCAGAAAACCCUGUUGUUCCAAGUGGUAGAGCAAGAUUUCGGCAGGGUGCAGGAAGGGGGACUCCCACCCCAGGGUCAGCAGCCCCAGGGAGUGGAGACACUUGGUCUCAGAGGCCUUCCUCUGGCUAUGGAAGGGGAGGGCAGCCUGGUCCAGAAACUGGCUAUGGAAGGGGAGCACAGCAUGGUCCAGAAACUGGCUACAGAAGGGGAGCACAGCCUGGUCCAGGGAGUCGAGGAGCAUUGGUGCCAAGCUGGUCCAAUGUAGCUGGGGGUGCCAGACCAAAAACUGGCUUUACUCGCUCUGCUAAUGGAGGUCAUCAAGCAGGCGGAGGAGAGAGAACUCUCACUCUCCUCACCAACUAUUUCAAGAUUACAAAUCACCAAGAACAGCAUGUCUAUCUUUACCAUAUGAGCUUUGAACCGGAAAUAGAUGAAAACCGUCGUCUUAUGUACGGACUUUUGUCCAACCUUCGGGAGUCUGUUCUGAGGGAUGUGCCUUAUGAAGCAUUGGGGAACACCUUGCUGACUAUGAGAGAGUUGGGGGAACAGAAGGAGCCUCAUGUGGUGGAGUCCCGUCAAGGUGAACGGUACAUGAUCAGGUUUAAACUGGGCAAAGAAAUCCACCGUGAGGACUAUGAGUACACCUACCUGUACAGCCUAAUUAUCAGAAGAUCACUUGAAAUGAUGGAUCUUCUGAAGCUACAGAGAGAUGCCUUCUACAAUCUCAAUGAAACAAAGUAUGUCCCAGAUCUUCAGGGCAUUAUCUUGAAGUUAUCCCCUGGCUAUCUGGUCUCCACUAUGGCGUGUGAAAUGGGUGUGGCUCUCAAUGUACAGCUGCACUACAAAGUGCUGCGUGAAGACACUGUACUAGAUGUGAUAGCGCGAUACUUACCAACAGGCACCAGAGAAGGAGACAAGAAUAAAGUGGAGGAGCUGGUCAGAAAUAAGAUUGUCAUGAUGAAGUAA